ACGCACCUCGUCAGCGCAGCGCGUACCUGCCCUCUCUGCUACUCCUACGGUACAAAACCUCUACGCAUGCGAAGUGACUCUCCCUUUUUUUUGUAAGCAAGACAAAAGGGUUGUGUACAACAGCCCAUCAUGGCAGAUGACGAUUUCCAAAGUGGGCACUCUGGGGCCUCCUCAACAUUCCCACAGCAGUGCUCUGCUUUGAGGAAGAAUGGCUUUGUCAUGAUCAAAGGACGUCCCUGUAAGAUCGUUGAAAUGAGUACCUCCAAGACUGGCAAGCAUGGACAUGCCAAGGUUCAUCUUACAGGAAUUGACAUCUUUAAUCAGAAGAAGUAUGAGGAUAUCUGCCCAUCUACCCAUAACAUGGAUGUCCCAAAUGUUACAAGGAAAGACUUCACGGUUUUAGAUGUCGCCGAUGGUUACUUGUCCCUGAUGGAUGACUUUGGAUCUACCAGAGAUGACCUUAAACUACCAGACAGUGAAAUUGGCAAAGAAAUCGCGAGGAAGUUCGAAAAUGGAGAUUCUUUCAUGGUCACUGUGCUGAAAGCUUUAGAUGAAGAAAAUGUUGUUGCCACCAAAGCCCAGCAGACUUAGUACGUCCAGGACAACGCUGAGGACCUCACAUUCCCGUUCUACAGUGGGGCAUUGCAGCCUCACCGAAGCUCCUGGCCUUCACCCCACAUCUACCAGUUUAACAGCUGGUAAACAGAAGUCUGGAAACUGGAAGGGGUCAGCUUCAAUCAUGAAGUCAUCCAACUGCAGCCAUUUUGCAAUUGCUACUGAUAUUAUUCCAGGAGUACUUAACAACAUUCCAGCAUUUCAUAAUUUUCUUUUUAGAGUAUUGGUGACAUAUCUUUUUCUGUCUGCAUUACUUUUUAAAUCCCACUUAUUGUCCCCUUUUUUUUUUUUUUUUUUUUUU